GUGUGUGUGUGUGUGUGAGAGAGAGAGAGAGAGAGAGAGAAAUACCUGUUUUACACACAUCACUCAAACACAGAAGCAGGAAACAGGAAACACGUGAUUUCAGGGAAAGAGAAACUGAAGUGUAGUUGAGCUGUUGUGUGUUUGUGUCUCUGUAUUCAUGCAGCAAAAUGGAAGAAGACAGAUUUUCUCAGGAUGAAUUAAAGUGUUCAGUGUGUCUGGAUCCCCUGAAGGAUCCAGUGACCAUCCAGUGUGGACACAGUUACUGUAAGAGCUGUAUUACAGGCUUCUGGGAUCAGGAGGAUCAGAUGAGAGUCUGCAGCUGCCCUCAGUGCAGACAGACCUUCAGUCCAAGACCUGCUUUAGCUAGAAACACCAUGCUGGCUGAAGUGGUGGAGAAACUGAAGAAGAGAAAACGUCCUUCUGACUGUGACGCUGGAGCUGGAGAUGUUCAGUGUGACGUCUGUACUGGAAGAAAACACAAAGCUGUCAAGUCCUGUCUGGUGUGUCUGAACUCUUACUGUCAGAAUCACCUCGAACAGCAUGAGAGUUUGUUUAAAGGAAAGAGACACAAUUUGACUGAAGCCACUGGACGACUGCAGGAGAUGAUCUGCCAGAAACAUGAGAAGCUCCUCGAGGUUUUCUGUCGCACUGACCAGAAAUGUAUAUGUGUACUGUGCAUGGAUGAACAUAAAAACCAUGACACUGUAUCAGCUGCAGCACAGAGGACAGAGAAACAGCAGCUGAAGGAGGUGCAGAAGACGUUCCAGCAGAGAAUCCAGCAGAGAGAGAAAGAUCUUCAGCAGCUGAGAGAGGUUGUGGAGUCUCAUAAGCGCUCUGCACAGACAGCAGUGGAGGACAGUGAGAGGAUCUUUACUGAGCUCAUCCGCUCCAUUGAGAGAAGCCACUCUGAGCUGAUACGGCUGAUCAGAGAUCAGGAAAAGCAAGCAGUGAGUCGAGCUGAAGGACGACUGGAGCGACUGGAGCAGGAGAUCAAUGAUCUGAGGAGGAGAGACGCUGAGCUGGAGCAGCUUUCACACACACAGGAUCACAUCCAGUUCCUGCAGAGUUUCCAGUCUCUCUCAGCUCCUCCUGAAUCUACAGACGUAAAUGAUGAUCUCUUCAGUUCUCUCGUCUCUUUUGAUGGUCUGAGAGAAUCUGUCCAUCAGCUGAGAGACAAACUGGAGGAUUUCUGCAAAGAGGAUCUCAAGAAGAUCUCAGACAGAGUCCAUCACAGGUCCCCUCCAUCUUUGGACCCUGGGGCUUCAGCUCUGCCUAGCCCUUAUGUGAAACCUGCCCUGACCAGCAUUGUUCCCAGGACCAGCAGGGAGGAUUUCUCCACAAAGCGGCUCAAAAAGAUCUCAGACAGAGUCACAUUCACCAACAUUGUUCCCAGAACCAGGAACGACUUCCUACAAUAUUCCCAUCAGUUCACUCUGGAUCUGAACACAGUGAAUAAACGCCUCCUCCUGUCUGAGAACAACAGAGUGAUUACUAACACUGGCACAGAUCAGCUGUAUCCUGAUCAUCCAGACAGAUUUGAUUAUUGGGAGCAGGUGUUGUGUAGAGAGAGUGUGUGUGGACGCUGUUACUGGGAGAUUGAGUGGAGUGGAAAUAUUGGUGUGUUUAUAUCAGUGUCAUAUAAGAGCAUCAGCAGGAAGGGUUAUGAGUGUUUGUUUGGACGUAAUGAUCAGUCCUGGAGUUUCUUCUGCACUCCCUCCAGAUACUCGUUCAUACACGAUAAUGUAGAGACUCGUCUCCCUGUAAAGUCCAUCAUCAGGAGAAUAGGAGUGUUUGUGGAUCACGGUGCAGGAACUCUGUCCUUCUACAGCGUCUCUGACACAAUGAGCCUCAUCCACACAGUCCAGACCACAUUCACUCAGCCGCUCUAUCCUGGGUUUACUGUUCAUAAAGGAUCAUCAGUGAAACUGUGUUGAUGAAUCAGAAUAGACUGCAGAGAGAGAUUCUACCCAUAAUGCUUUGAGCUGCAUGAUAAAUUAGUAACAGUGAGAUGUUAUAGUCUCUUCUUUUCUCUUCAUGAUAUUAAUACUGCAACUGAAAUUCUGUCACUGAAAUAACAUGUCAGAAUAAAUGUGUGUAAUACAUCCUCAUAUAGAUAGUAUAGCAGCUCACUUCCUGUGAACACACACACACACACACACACACACACACACACUUAGAGCAGCUUCUCUGAAUGUAAUAUAACCGUAAUGUUGUUUUAUCUUAUGAUUGCAUGGUAUUAAGGGAUAUUUGUCUUGUCAUGAGUAAUAGAUCAGAGAAUGUCUCCAUUUCCAGGUUUUUAAUAUCCCAGGGUGAUGUUGUGAAGCAGUAAUUUAACAUAGUUUUCAGUUCUGAUAACACUUGUGUAUGUUUCGAUGCUCAGACUUCGAGUACGAUUAUGCAGGCUCUUUUUUAUCAUCAUUUGUCUCCUGCUUUCUGCUCUUCUCUGGUUUCCUCUGUUAACCUCUCAGGCUGAUUGAAGACUUUGAGUCACUGCAGGUUUAGUUUGAAUGAAUAAUAUGAAUGUCUACUGACAGGAUCUGGUAUUCCUGUCAUGGAGAUUUAAUCUUGUGCUUUUGGCGCAGUCGUCAGGAUGUUGUCGCAAUCUAACAGUGAUAUAUUUUCAACAUUUACAGGCACCACUGUAUGAUUUUAUUGCUGUCUGAACCCAGCCGUUUCUUGUCUUUUGUUCUAUUGAUGGUUGUUAUUCAAUCUGGCUGUAUCGCAAUUAUAUCAGUAUAUUUAAAAAAAAAAAAAGAAGAAAAAAAAAGAGUAGUUUUGAAUGUUUGAAAUAGGCUAUUAUUGUAUAGCAGAUACGAUAACAUGUUAAAAUAUGUUAUAUACAUUUAUACAACAGUUCUUUACGGUACUUGAAACCGAUUGGCUGAUAAGAGUGUGACAUUGGAGUGAUAACAGAACUCCAACAACCGUUUCAUGGUUUGUAUCACUCCACUUGCGGUAUUUCUCACAUUCUCACGAGUGUAAUGGCAGGCCUCUCAAAUCCACUAUAAUUUUAUAAAUAAUACUGUUUUGUGUCAUGGAUUGUAGUUUUAGGAGUUUUUUAGGCAAAAAUGUAGUUGUUUAGUUUUUAAAUAUGCGGUUUGUUAUUAAAGAUAACAUCUAUUUGAA